AUGAGGUUUCAAUCAUUCUCGGUGGCUCUUGUGCUAUUGUUAUCAAUAGUCACCGUUACCUCAGCACAACGUCCCACAAGUAUUUCUAAUGUUAAAACUACUGCUAAAGCUAAAACUACCGUCGUAGCUAAAACCACCGCUAAAGCUAAAACUACCGCCGUAGCUAAAACUACUGCUAAAACUACCGCCAUAGCUAAAACUACUGCUAAAGUUACUGUUAAAGGAACUACUAAAGCAGGUACUACUGCUGGUAAAGGAACUACUAAAGUAGGUACUACUGCUAAAGUUACUGUUAAAGGAACUACUAAAGCAGGUACUACUGCUAAAGUUACUGGUAAAGGAACUACUAAAGCAGGUACUACUGCUAAAGGAACUACUAAAGUAGGUACUACUGCUAAAGGAACUACUAAAGUAGGUACUACUGCUAAAGGAACUACUAAAGUAG